AUGGACCCUGCUCAGAUCGAGGCACUUCAACAACACGCUGCUCGCGAGGCCGCAGGCUGCCCUUAUGCCAAGCGGGCUGAAGCGGAGGCUGAGGCACGGUCAGAAUGUCCUUUCGGCAAGAAGAAGAAGCGGGCGACCUUCAACGCUCAGCAACAGAGGAUCAGUACCUCUGGCGAGCACGCUUGGGUCGAGCCCAACUUUGAGGCCGGCGACCAGAGAGGUCCUUGCCCUGGAUUGAAUGCCCUUGCCAACCACGGCUACCUUCCGCAUAAUGGCGUUGCUGACAUGGCCACCAUUAUCCGUGCCACCAACGAAGUAUACGGUAUGAGCUUGGAUCUGGGCGGCUUCCUCGCUGUCUACGGCACCGUCUUUGACGGCAACCCCCUCUCCACCAACCCAGGCUAUUCUAUCGGCGGCCCGAGCUCGCAGAGCCAGAACAUCCUCAAUGGGCUCGGCCUGCUCGGCACCCCGUCGGGACUCAGCGGCAGCCACAACAAGUACGAGUCGGAUGUGAGCGCCACUCGCGGCGACUUGUAUGUCACGGGCAACAACUUCCACGUCCAGCGGGACCGGUUCAUCGAGUACUACAACGCGAUCCCCGAGGACACGCCCGCGCCGGAGCAGUACACGGCACUGGCCCCGUUCCACCAGCAGCGCUUUGAAAACUCCGUCAGCACGAACCCGUACUUUUUCUACUCGCCCUUCGCCGGCGUGCUGGUGUCCCCGGCCGCCUACUCCUUCCCGCCCCGCAUGAUGGCCAACCACUCGGACGAGUACCCGGAGGGAUACCUGUCCCGGCAGACGUUUGCGACCUUCUUCGGCGUCGACGGCAACAGCGAGGCCAACUUCCAGGUCAACCAGGGCUGGGAGCGCAUCCCGGACAACUGGUACAAGCGGCCCAUCGGCGACGAGUUCUCCAUCCCAGACUUCCUGAUCGACGUGCUCGAGCACGCGGCCUACUACCCUCCCCUGCUCAGCAUCGGCGGCAACACGGGCACCGUCAACUCGUUCUCGGGCGUCGACGUCGCGGACCUGACGGGCGGCGUGUUCCACACCGCCGACCUGCUCAACCCGGACAAGCUGCAGUGCUUCGUGCUCCAGAUCAUCCAGGCCGCCGCCCCGGACGUGCUGGGCAGCAUGUUCGCCGACGUGCAGUCCGCCAUGGCGCCCCUCACCGACAAGCUCGCCCAGCUGCUCGCCGGCAAGGCCUGUCCCCAGCUGCAGGAGGUCAAUGCCAACCUGUUCCAGAAGUACCCCGGCUACACCGAGUCCUAUGGCAGCUAUGCUGGCCUGUCCAAGGGCACGGUGAGCGGUGUGCUUAAGGGCAUCACCGGUAUUGUCGGCGGCGUGGUUCCCACGGGUAAUAAGGAGUAG